GUUAUAAGUACUUACUCACUCGGCAUUCCGGGCAAAACAUCGAUUUACCGGCCCAUAUAUAACCUAUAAUAUAGCGAAAUUACAUAACCUUUCACGCAUUUACAUUGCGGCAUUUGCGAGAAAACGAACAAUCGCGAAACUGCGAUCGCUAAUUAUUUUACUACAAUGUCACGAUUGUUGGCCAAUUUGAUUCCUCAAGCCAAGAAAUUGGCUACCACAGUUUCGGCAACGGUAAUCAAAGCAAAUAGAUUCCAGUUGAAAGAAAAUGUGCGAUUCUUUUCUGCAAGCUCCAAACUUUUGUCCAAUUUAGAAAUUUCUAAGCCAGCACCUGAUUUUGCGGGAACUGCUGUUAUAAAGGGUGAUUUCAAAGACAUCAAGUUGAGUGACUACAGGGGAAAAUAUGUUGUUCUCUUCUUCUACCCGCUGGAUUUCACUUUUGUGUGUCCAACGGAGCUCAUUGCAUUCAGUGAGAAAGUUAAGGACUUUGAAGCUCUGAAUACUCAAGUAAUUGGAGUUUCCAUCGAUUCCCACUUCAGUCACCUUGCAUGGCUCAACACGCCUAAGAAAGAAGGUGGGCUUGGUGGAGACUUGGGUUACCCUCUGCUCAGUGAUUUGAACAAGAAGAUAUCGACGGAUUACAAAGUCUUAAUAGCAGAUCAGGGUAUUGCCCUGCGUGGUCUUUUCAUCAUCGACAAAGAAGGGGUUCUGCGACAGAUUACAGUCAACGAUCUGCCUGUUGGACGAAGCGUUGAUGAGGUUUUGAGGCUCAUCAAGGCUUUCCAAUUUGUGGAAAAGCACGGAGAAGUCUGCCCAGCGAAUUGGCAGCCAGAAUCCAAAACCAUCAAGCCAAAUCCAAAAGACAGCAAAGAGUACUUCAAAUCUGUGAACUAAGCUUAGGAAAAGUCGGGAAACUUAUUUUUAUCAUCCCUUACGCGUAAGAUUUGUAUAAAACUGGAUUUAUCUUUCAUAGGUGUGCUUUUAUUCCAUUACAUAUAUGUAUACAUUGAUUUUUAGCAUUUUUAUAAAAUCUUGGAUAUAAAAUCAGAUAGGGAGGAUGUACUUUUUAAGCGUGAUUAUUGAUAGCAAUCUUGUUACCUGUUAUGUUUUCUAGAUCUGAAAAAUCCAAUUCCAAUUGUUAUUUUGAGCUAUAAUAAUUUUUGUACAAAAUGUUAGAAAUAUUUAUUUCCAAUAAAAACUUUUCAUUUUGAUAUCAAAUCUA